GGUUAAAAUCAAAAACAGCCCGCGUGUGUACUGGUUUUCAAUUUUGCGCUUUGAAUCGGAAAAGUACGAUGGGUGGUGACACGCUGACUUACGUCAGACUUCCGGCGAUCCUCCUCCUCUUAAUCGUCGCUAAUUCCGCCGGCAUCAGUGUUUCCGGCGAGUUGCCCUCUCUGAGCGUUGCAAAGUUUGCUUCAUUGCAGCUAUCCCCAAGCCUGGUUGUGGAGAAUUCCCCAGGUUCAAGACCUGGAUCUCACGUCGUUUGCGAAAGAGUCGAAAUUAUCGGCUUGCCAAGGCUUACGAAUCUCACAAGCUUCUUCUCUUCCGUAAAAGUUAAACUUACAAACGUAAAUUCCACAGGCCGUCCUCCAAGUAUCACCGUUUGUCUCCAUAGGAAUGCAUCUCUUGGGGUUGGUAUGUGCCCUGACGGUCUGUGGGAGAAACUUACUAACGGGUCGUGGGUUAGAUCCAUGUCCCCAUUUGACCACAAGCUCUUGGAUAUACGUUCGGCGGGCCCUUCUGUGGGAACCGUUGAGGUUGUACUGAACGAAGAAUUUUAUCUGUAUCGUGUUGUAUUUUUUAUACUGGGAAUAACAAUGAUGACAUUUGCAUCGUCGUUGAGCAACUCGUUAGCAACCUACUACGGUGGUGCUAUGACAUUAGGGGUUUUGCUUGUUGUUUUGGUGAUUCUCUUUCAGGGAAUGAGGAUCCUCCCAAGUGGUAGAAAGAGUUCACUAGCAUUAGUUCUAUAUGGAUCCAUUGUUGGAGUUGGAUCCUUUCUGUUUAGUUAUGUACCGACAUUAUUGCGCUCUCUACUUGUGGAGAUGGGAAUAAGUGAAGAUCUUUACAGUCCUGUGGCAGCAUUCCUACUGGCCUUUGUUGUUCUGUGUGGGGCGUGGUUAGGGUUCUGGGCUGUUCGUAAACUGGUCCUGACAGAAGACGGAUCGAUUGAUACUGGCGUGGCUCAGUUUGUUGCUUGGUCUAUUCGAGUUGUGGCCUCUAGUAUGAUCCUCCAGUGUUCAGUGGAUCCUUUGUUGGCAGUUGCAGCAUUGGUAUGUGGUAUACUCAUACCAUCGGGUGCGAAGGGGCUUCUUAGGUAUUACGCACCCAAAACAUUGCGGGUCAAGCAUAAAAGAUCCCACAAACCAGUUGAAGAUUCUUCGUCCUAUGAAAACAAGCAUGAGUUGAAGCUAUCAGACUCGGACACCUUCUACUCUACCUUCCACAAAACGCCUGUAAGAAAACAAUACUCCAAAGAUGAAUGGGACAAGUUUACACAAGACUCAACCAAGAAAGCAUUGGAAAGUCUUGUGUGGUCACCCGAUUUCAACAGGUGGGCCGUUGCUAAUGCUGAUAGACUCGCGUUACUUCCCAAGAAAGACACUAAUCCCAAGCCGAAGAGCUGGUUUUCUUGGUCUUGAUCAGUUAAUUAUUGUAAGUUUAUAGCUAAUCAUGAUCGAUGUACAUUGUAGUAUUAUGAUUGUCCUAUCGUAGGAUAACCUUGAUUGUAGAAACUUUAACCGGUGUUCUUUCGGUCUGGUAUUGAACAUGAUACACUUCCACUCUAGUCAUAUCUGAGUGGUGUUGUUAUGCUAGGGAGUUAAUGUAGUCAGCUACAUUAUUUUUCAGGUUUGGAAGUUUGAUAUAUAGAAAAUGAGCAUGGUGGUAAUUUCAA